AUGGUCAGAAAACAAAACAACAACUGGCUCUCCGACCGGAACUCGGAUGUGGCUAUUAAAAUUAGAAAUAGGCAUAUGGGAAUUAAGGAUCACACAAAGGGCAAUAAAGGGUGGAUCAGAAUAGAAAUGACAGGAUAUCAUAUAUACUGUUGUUAUAUAUCCCCUAAUAUUGAGAGAAAUGAGUUUGAAGCUAUCACGGACGAAAUUAUGACAGAAGUUAAAACACGGGCGAGGGAAGCUAUCAUUAUGGGUGACAUAAACGCCAAAUCAUAUCAAUGGGGUUUAGCAACAGCUGAUGUCAGAGGGGAAUAUUGGACAAUGUGGAUGGCAGAAAUUAACAGCAUAGUAAUAAAUAAAGGAACGACAGCCACAUUUAUACGCGGUGAAAGCAAACCCUAUAUUGACGUUACAUGCGCUACGAUAAAGAUAACUAAAGACAUCAAGUCAUGGAAAGUAUUAGACGACGAGGGGGAGAUUCUGACAUAUUAUCAGUACAUAUACUUUGAGAUAGGCAAGACUACUAAUCCAGGAAAAAGAGAGCAAGUGUGGGCGAAUGUUGAUAGUAACAAAGACCCGCAAGAGGUGAAUAAAAGACUGGUAAAGAUACGCAGCAAAUGUUUGGUCGAAAAGGAGGGCAAUAGGAGAAAGAAACGCGUAGUACCGUACUGGUGGAAUACGGAUAUAGAAAAUGCGCGGAAAGAAUGCACAGCAGCCAGACGCAAGUAA